GGGAGAUGCGGGGCGGUGGGAAGGUGGCGGCCCGGGCCAAGUCCCCGUCUCCCCCUCCCGCUCCCACUACAAUCCCUACUACGUCCUGGGCCCCGGCCGACAGGAGCGUUCCAGAAAUUAUUGGCAGUCUCCAGGAAGAUUAUUAUAAUCUAUGUAUGGAAAAGUCCAGGAAAAUUAAUUCCUUUGUAUGGCAUCUACUCCAGGAAGUGGAUGAAGAAAUUGAAAAGGGAUUGGAAGGAAUCACAUUAAACAUUCCUGGUAACAGUCGCUUAAUGCCAGUAGAAAGAAUAACAGGUGAAGAUUUUUGGAUUCUUUCCAGAAUUUUAAAGAAGAAUCCAUAUAUUAAUGGUUUGGAUGUUAGAUAUAACCUCAUGAGUGAUGUUGGUGCAUACUAUGCUGCAAGACUGCUUCAGAAACAACAUAAACUCAUUUAUUUAAAUCUUAUGUUUAAUGAUAUUGGGCCCGAAGGUGGAGAAUUGAUUGCUAAAGCACUACAUAAGAAUACAACUCUGAAAUACCUAAGAAUGACUGGAAACAAGAUUGAAAAUAAAGGUGGAAUGUUUUUUGCUGCAAUGCUGCAAAUUAAUUCAUCCUUAGAAAAAUUAGAUCUGGGUGACUGUGAUCUGGGAAUGCAAAGUGUGAUAGCAUUUGCUACAGUCCUAACUCAAAACCAAACAAUUAAGGGAAUAUACCUAAACCGACCUAUACUGUAUGGUGAACAGGAAGAGUCCACAGUUCAUCUAGGCCACAUGUUGAAAGAAAAUCACUGCCUUGUUGCACUACACGUGUGUAAGCAUAAUAUGAAAAACUGUGGAAUAAAACAAUUAUGCGAUGCACUGUAUCUGAAUAGAAGCCUACGCUACCUUGAUGUGAGCUGCAAUAAAAUAACUCGUGAUGGAAUGGUGUGUUUGGCUGACGUACUGAAAAGCAAUACUACUCUGGAAGUAAUAGAUCUUUCUUUUAACAGAAUAGAAGAUGUAGGAGCAAAGUAUCUCAGUGAAACUCUUGCUUCACACAACAGGAGUCUUAAAGCGUUGUCAGUAGUCAACAACAACAUAAAGGGAGAAGGACUUGUUGCACUUUCACAGUCCAUGAAAACAAACCCCAUACUCUCUAAUGUCUACAUUUGGGGAAACAAAUUUGAUGAAGCUACAUGUGUGGCAUAUUCAGACUUAAUUCAAACAGGCCGUCUAAAACCAGACAAUACAGAUGUGGAGCCAUUUGUGGUGGAUGGACAUGUGUAUCUUGCAGAAGUCUCCAAUGGCCUUAAAAAGCAUUAUUACUGGAGGCCAACUUAUGGAGAAGUUUGCAGUCAGUCAUCUAAUGCAGGUUCUAUUCUUGUACCAGUAGGUCCAGAUCUAUGA